UUCAGUUGCCUGCAUGACAUCUAGCUGAUGGGCUGCGUUUAAAAAAGAAAAAUACAUUUUUUCUGUGCUUUUCCUAUACGUGCGGGUGCAUACUUGCGUUUGAGGAUGAACGCUGAUUUUGGACGCUUGAACCUGUCGCGUGGACGCGAGAACUUUACAGCGAGCGCUGCGCUAUCGUCUCGUCUGUUAAACAUGAACACACGCAUGUAAGAAGUUUCUUGUUGUUUCUUCUUUGGACACACUGAAGGUAUCCUGCUCGAUAUGGGCCAGUCAGAUAUAGCCAACGUGACAGAUGAUGUGGUUCACGGUGAAAACCAAGACUCCGCCUGGCAUGAAGGUAACGCUAGCAAUGACAGCGUGAAUCCUUACAAGCCCACCUUUGUGGAUGACAUCACCAAACACCUGGGCGUUCAAAUUUCUCUUAUAUUAGCCUAUUCCCUUAUCAUCCUGCUGGGACUUGUGGGGAACAGCCUGGUCAUUUACAUGAUCAUUCUGUACAGAAACAUGCGCACGGUCACCAACUACUUCAUCGCGAACCUGGCCCUGGCCGACCUGAUGGUGGACACUGUGUGUUUACCUUUCACACUGGUCUACACACUGAUUGAUGAAUGGAAGUUUGGAAAAGUGAUGUGUCAUAUGGUGCCUUACAGCCAAGCUCUCAGCGUACACGUCUCCAUUCUCACGUUGACGGUCAUUGCUUUAGAGCGCUACAGAUGUAUAGUCUUUCAUCUUGGCCAGCGGCUCAACAGAUGCACUAGUUUCGUCAUUAUCGGUCUGACUUGGGCCUUCGCCGCCAUACUGGCCGGACCUUUGGCGAUUUUCCGGGAGUAUCGGCAAGAGGAGAUUCCGUACAUUGACUGGCGCAUCGCAGUUUGCUCUGAGAAAUGGCCCAAUGGCACCAAUCGGGACGCCGUCAUCUACACUCUGUCGAUGCUUGUCCUGCAGUACGUGGUACCGCUGACCAUCAUUAGCUAUGCUUACGUGUGCAUCUGGGUCAAGCUGAAAAACCACGUCAACCCGUCCAACCGCAACGACAGCUUUGUCCGCCGCAAGAAAACCACCAAGAUGCUGGCUCUGGUGGUUGUCGUCUUUGCAGUUUGCUGGCUUCCAUUCCACCUGUUCCAGCUGACCAGUGAUCUCGACUUGAUUCUGAAGUUCAAAGAGUACAAGCUCAUUUAUACCUUGUUUCACAUCGUGGCAAUGUGCUCAACGUUCGUCAACCCUCUACUCUACGGCUGGAUGAACCAGAACUACAGGAAUGGCUUCCUCAUGUUCUUCCGCUGUGAGCACAAGCCAGACACCAUCUACCCCGACGGCUCCUUCAGGACUCGUUCUUGGAGACGGGUGAUUGUCACCGGGCACAAUGACGGUCAGGUUGCCGCUGCUGUCUGAUCACAAAUCCUGCGUUCCAUUUCAAAGGCCUCAUCUCCAUGCCGUAAGCCCUUCAAAGGAUUUACCCUGCGGAGUGAGUAGGGGACCUACUGUUUCUUGAAGUGCCCUUCUGCAUCAUCAUCCCAUGCCCAUAAAAGGGCGCUGUUGCAACGCAAAAAUUCAUGGGAUUGCAAAGUGUCUAUCAGUUUUACCCUCCAAAAUCCUUCAUUCUGAAGGGCCAUUUGAAGUGACUAGUUAUGAGCUCUUCGGUUUGGAACGCCCUUCAAUAUGGCGGCCAUGAUUGUUUUCACUCCAAAGUGCUCUUCGGAGGGCGAUAUGUCCCAUUUGGAACGCACAUAAAGAUUGAGGCUGUUAGCCUCUGAUGGGCAACUAAUGGGCAUUCAAGCACAUUAUAUGAAUGGCAGAUUCUCAUAGUAAACUUCAAAAUGCUUGAUGGUUGGGUAAAAUAUGGACAAGGCCAGUUGUUGGUUUAAACUAGCCUGUAAAUGUCCAUGAUUUUGGGUUGAAAAAACUUGGUAUAGUUAUUUUAAAGUCAACGAUUGCCUUUGUCUGUAUUUUACCCAACCGUUGGUAGAAACAACUCAAUAUUAUUUCAAGUUAGGAUGUUUUGCCACUAAAUGUUUUUUCGAGGCCUUAAUCGAUUAGCAAGAGGCACGAUUUCCUCUUUGGUUUUGGCAACUUUGACUUUUUGGUUUAUCAUUGUCUGUUGUGCAUUUAUACUGUAAUGUAAUCCGUCAGAUCUGAUAUUGACAUGUUAGGUGGCUCAUUCAGUAAUUCAGCUAUACAAUAAAUGUACGUACUAUUCCAUACAUGCACACUGCAGGAAAAGUAUUAGUAGUAUUCUGUACUCAUGUCCAUGGUUAUGCCAACGCUUGACAUUCAAGAGUCUUUGAGUUAUUGUA